AUGGCUUUUGCUGGAGAUGACGGCAUGACACCACCGGCACCGGCGCCCAUCACAAUUCCACAAGCUGUCGAGGAUCUUCAGAAGGCUCUCAUUCAAAUCAGGCGUAAACUCAAGACGCUGAUUGACUGGUACAUCUACCCGGUCAUUGUCCCCAAUGAAAUUAAAGCCUACGACCCACGCCUCCAGAUUCUGGAGUCGCGGCUAAUAUCCUUGUCAACACUAUCAUAUCAGCAGCUGCCAUAUCUAUUUGACAACUCCGACGGUAUAGCAGCCCACUACCUCCUGAACAUUCUCGAUCAACUCCUGAACUCCAUGGUGGGAAUCCAAAAAAUCUUCGUCGAACACUACGAUCGCGACCUAGAUGAACGCCGGCCCUUUGGCACAAUCUGGGACACACUUCAAUAUCGCAGCGACCAACUGAAACUCGUGCCCCAAUUUCUCCCUCACAAUCCACGACGCCAGCGACCCGAGGACCUGCGCACGAACGAACUGGGCAAUUUCUGUCGGGGCGCUCUCCAAAUGAUAAACAAUCGUGAUAAAGGGCGAAUCUCACAUUUAGAAAAUAAAGAUCUACUACCCGAAAACAAGCGCAAGCUGAAGGCCUUUGGCGGCGCGUUUCUUUUCUGGGAAUGCCCCGAAUGCGCGUACAGAGUUCGCUACCACGUCGCCAACAGCUCCUCGUCCAACAUCCACACCGCCACCGAAAUCCGCGAACACAAUGGCCUGGGUAUACAAUACCGCAGUUCCUUUCUGGCUCGAUGCCACCUAUACCUCCCUCUCUCCGAGAAAUCAUCUACCUCGUCGACUUCCUCCAAUCGGCGCCAAAGUCAAAGCAUCUCCACUCUCUCUUCCUCAUCCCCCAAAUAUGGCUGUGUCUUCUGCUUCGCGUGCGGCCGUGACUUGGAGCGAGGGGAUACCGCGUUCAACACGCCCCGCGAACUUGCCGAGCAUAUCGUACUGGAACACAAAAGGAUCUUGCCGCCGAGCAUGAUACUGCAUAGAUUUCUCGUCGCUGUCGAAGGAAAGAUGCAUGACCCAUGUCAGCGCUGGGAUUUGAAUCUUUUAUAA